GUGGGGCUCCAUCCCAGGACCCCGAAAUCAUGACCCCAGCCAAAGGCAGACGCUUAGCCGACCGAGCCGCCCAGGCGCCCCUAAAUACUCUUGCAUUCUGACAUGCCAGGGAAGGGGGGUGGUUAGGGCUUCAGCCUGUGAUGCGGUGUGGAGAGGGGGACACACAGUCCAGCCCAUGGCAGAAGGCUUACUGGAGGGACUGGACUUGAGCUGAGCUUUGAAGGAUGAUCAGCGUUCAGCUGAGUGGAGCGCUGGAGAGUGGUAGAUGAGGCCUCAGACAUUGAAGAUACCGUCGUGGGAGCAGCAGGACACUCGGGUUGUGUCCCAGAGACGCAGCAUCUGAAGCAGGAAGUCGUCGCGAGGGACUAAAGAAGGGAAAGAAAAUUUAUCGUUUGUGGUUUUUUUUUUUUUUUUUAAGAUUUUAUUUAUUUAUUUGACAGAUCACAAGCAGGCAGAGAGAGGUGGAAGCAGGCUCCCCGCUGAGCAGAGAGCCCCACAUGGGGUUCGAUCCCAGGACCCUGGGAUCAUGACCUGAGCAGAAGGCAGAGGCUCUAACCCACUGAGCCCCCCCAGGCAGGCUGGGAAAGAAACUUUAAAUAGUAGUUUGUGACCAGAUUCACAGAAGUGUGGCAUCUAUGGUUUUAAAUUUUUGCAUUUUAACCUAACAGAGAACCAUGUUUUCAUUAUUUCUUUUUGACGCAGCUCUUAGUGCUCAGCUAAACUAUCACAUCGAGGCAUUUCCUAAGCAUUCUCUCCAAACCCCUAGUUUCUAGGCAGUUACAGCACCCUGUGUAUUUUCAUUAUAGUACGGCCUGAAGUUACCUUUGUCAUUUCUCUUGUUCAUUAUCUCAUUUACCCCACUAGAAUUGGGGGGCCUUGUCUGUUCUUUGCAUCCCGUAUUUCAGGCUUGUCUAGCCAUGCCUUGCACAUAAUAAGAGCUCAAUAAAUGAGGUGAAUUCAUAGGUAUUCGCUAGCGUGUACGUCCAGUGGGUGCUGGGAGCUUUGUUUAGGGAGGCUUGUCCCGCCGCAGGAUUGUAGAGGAAGGACUUGAAGAGCGUGGCAGGAAGAAUGAGUGACACUUGGAAAGGUAUCGGUUAGGGUCCUCUAAUAACAAGAACAGAAACAGUCUAACUUGAACAGAGCAAGGAGUUUAUGACCGAGACAGAAGGCUGCUCCUGAGGUUUAAGGAAAAGCUAGAGAAUUGGGCCAGGAAGUACGGAAACCAAGGUAACUGGCUGGAGUCAGCAUGGCGGGCACCGGCCGGCUGCAUUCUCAGACCUGUCUUCCGGGGAGAAAGUUUGUGGUCUGUGUGGCUUUGGUUGUGUGCCUGCCCCUAAGCUAGGACAGCACGGCUCAUCGGACGUCCUCCCGGGAUACGGGUGGGUCCUCCAGAGCCAAACAGAGAGAGGCGGCGCUGCGAGUCCAGGUGCCCGUGGUGGGCCGGAGCUAUGUCACAACAGAGCACACCCGAAACUGAAGCCAGCCCCUCAGGAGAGGCUGAACACGGGGUGACGCGGGACCCAAGAGGCUGACACUCCUGCCCCAGGGGGAUGCGAGUGAGGAAGCCUGGCUUCGAAAUCUGAGAAGCCUUAGACGAUGUCUGCUUGUCCCCAAGUGAGUGGUCAGACCUUAGAGCAGCGCUUCUUGUCUCCUUCGAAUAACGAAAUCGGGGGAGCGUCAGGCCUGCAUCCAGAUGUGAGGGUUCGGGGAACGGUGUGCGUGUGCUCCAAAGUCACGUGGGCGCUUUGUUUCCGACGAGGUGUUGGCUUUGUGACGAGCUCCCCCUGUGCGGUGUGUAACGGCUGGGGCUGUCAGCACCGUCCAGCAUUCCCAGGCGUGUGUGGAGCUCGGGUUUAGGCUCACGUUCUGGAUGUAAGCAGACGUUUUCCUGUGGAAGUGGUGCCAAGGGUUUUCUGGGCCCGUCUUGGAGCAAGUUGGACUCACAGUGUGCCUCAGCUCUGACACCGGCCUGAGUUUUACUCUCCAAAGCUUGAAAGUCAGUGACGUCAUCUCGGCCCCUUCCCAUCUCCCUUCCCGGGCCCCUCACUUACCUCCCGGUGUCCUUUUUAUCCCAGUGCUGAGCUGUGCUUCGUUUUUUCCUGCACAUGUCACCGGAAUGCUCUGUAUUCCAAAACUGGCUACCUUCCCUCCAGCCCCUAAAAAAUCUUAGUUCCUUGAUGUAACAUUGGUGUAAAGAGGAAAUUAUUUGCAUUCAAUUAAUUUCUAUGAAGAUACGAAUCCCUGCUUCUCUUGGCAUUUAGUACCUGAGGAAUUUAAUAUAUAAUAAAUUGGUAUAAAAUAAUUCUGGUAUAAAAUUGGUAUAAAAUAAUUUUCUGUGGUUCAGUGGCAAAGGGCUUUGUGGCUGUGCUGGGGAGUUGGAACUGGGGGCCCGUGUAAGCAUUUAGUAGGAUUUUCCAAGCCCUGGUGCCAUCGGCUGUGUGUUUCUGAGAGGGAUCUCUAGUAGGAGUGGAAGAAUGGACCUUCGCUGUUGCGGGAGUCCGGGGAGCCGGGAGUCCCAAGUCUUCCCUGCUGUCCCCACUGCACACUCCCCCACCCUCCACCCGGCCACAGUCACUGCUUCCCGACGUCCGUGUGCUCGGGGCAUCGUCUGUAUCCAUCAUCCUGUUCGAUUUUUGUGUCUCCGUCCUGCCGCGGCAGCGUGUGCGGCUGGAUGGCCGGCGGUCGGCCUGCUCCCUCCUGUCCCGUCACCAGCAUCUCUUACGACUGAUAACACUCGGUACCAUAAACCUUCAGGAGAGCAAGGACGGAACGUGCACCCGCCGCAUGGGAGGCGCCGCAAACAGAGCUGCUCGCUCCCCGUGAAAGUCCUGUGUGGCGAGUAGGGUUCGCCCCGGGGACAGGCUGAGGAGCUAUGACUCGGAGGGAUCAAGUGAUCUUACCAGGGUGCGCACCAGGGAGCAGAGCCAGGACCGGAGACAGACACCGAUUUGAAGGUCUUGUCCGUGGAGCUGUGAGGUCUGUGAGUUGCUGACCGCAAAGAUUCCCAUUUUGAAACUUCAGGAAACAGCACGAGAUGGGAAGGGUUCAGGCCAAGCCCGGGGAGGUCUGCGUGUACGGGGAUGCGGGCGGCCGCACGCCGGCCGGUGUCAGUCUGGCUUUCCUGGGGGGUUUCCGCUGAGCUCUUUCUGUCCACCGUCAACGGCUCUCCGGCCCGCGUGUCACCCACUUUCCUCUUCAGAGCGCCGGGGCUCUCACUAUGACUGCAGCGACAGCAGGGACUCUGCCCGAUGAGUCAAGUGGAGAUGAGCAAUGGAAAGGAGUGGGGGGCGGACUCGGGGGCAGCACGCACUUCGGGUGAGGGCGGCUCGGCGUGCGGUGUGCGGACUCGUGCAAGUCCGAGGUCCCGGUAGUCCUCGUUAAAACAGGUGAGAAUCGGGGGUUUCUUGAGCCGGUUCCCUGCAGCCGCGGCCCCUGGCCUGAAUUUUGCUUCGCCGCUCGCCUUCGAUGGGACCUUGAACAAGUCACUUGACCCUCUGGCCCCAGGUGUCUCAUCUCUGUCGUGAUCCUGGUGCGUGCCUGUGAGGGUGGCCGGAGCUCUCAGUGCGGGGCUGAGAUGGCAGCAGUGGUGUGUGGUCGAGGAGGCGCCCGCAGGGCCGUGGCUGCCAGGUGGCAGUUGGCGCCCGGCCCAGCAUCACGGGUGCCACUGUGGCAUCGCCCGCACUCACGUGUCCGGAGUGUGAUGGGCGUGACCCCUCUCCGGGCAGGCCGUCUCGCUGAGGACUCUGAGUGGAGGGUGAGCCGAAGGAGUCGCCUUACACGGUUUUCAGGGACAGCGACGACUUCCCAUGCAGCCCACCUGUGACUGACUGGUUUCCCCCAAUUCCCAAAUGUCUUCAUUCAAAGACUAUGGGCGCCCGUGGUUGAAGGGACUAGAAGCAGUGAUUCAGAACACAAGCAGGGGUCACAGGAGCUUGAGGAAGGCAGGAGGAGGAGCUUCUCUGAAGCGUUGUUUGGGCACACGACAGGAGGCUGCGGGCGACACGUGCGGUCGCGUGUGCUCUGUGUCCAGGGACGCGGCGGUCCUCAUGGUGUCGUCCUCACACACCUCCUUCGCCCGCGCUUGUGCCUUCAGGUGUCCUGUGUGUCUUCGUUUGGAGUCCCCCAAGAGCCGACCCUGAGCCACGGGUUCAGAGUCGGUGUUCAUCUGUGAGAUGAUCCCGGGAAGCACAGGAUAGGUGGCAGGGAGAGAAGCAAGAAGGGAGACCCGUGGAGAGUUCGUUAUCCAGGGGCGCCGGGGUGGCCCCGUGGGUUGAAGCCUCCGCCUUCAGCUCAGGUCAUGAUCCCAGGGUCCUGGGAUCGAGUCCCGCAUCGGGCGCUCUGCUCAGCAGGGAGCCUGCUUCCUCCUCUCUCUCUGCCUGCCUCUCUGUCUACUUGUGAUGUCUGUCUGUCAAAUAAAUAAAUAAAAUCUUUAGGAAGAAAAAAAAAAGAGUACGUUAUCGAGCCAGGUGCCUGCUCACAUUUAGACACCAAACCGAAUUCCUGAAAGAGAGCUGAACCAGUUUCCCCCAGAGCUUCAUGUCCAGUAAGGACACCCUUCCAGCGCUUCCAGUACAAUUCUUAGAGGUGUCGUUAAUGCCUCACCUUCUUACCCACUCAGGUCAGUCCAUUAGAAACCCAGAUAACUGCCUUGGCCUCCCCUGCCACCUCUGUCCAGGCACCACCGGGUCAUUGUGGAUGACUGGAUCGUUGCUGUAGACUCCUAGCUGGUCUGGGCCACAGUCCUAUCUCAGCUGCCGUGUUGCUGCAGGCUCCUAGCUGGUCUCCCAGCUUCCACCGUCCCAUGCCUGCUAGGAUCCAUUCUCAGCAUCAGAGCUAGAGUGAUCCUUUAGAAACAUAGUUCGGGUCCUUGUCAUUUUCCUGCCAGAAUCUUCCAGCGACUGCCCAUUUCACCUGUGGUGGAGAGCUCGGUUUUCCUGUGCUUACUCAGCCCCGCAGCGUCUUAGCGGCUCCCUGCUCCAGCCCUGCCCUGACCAGCUCUUCCCUCCGCGUGCAGUGCUUGUCCCUUGGGAUUUUCGUGGCACCCCCCCCCCCCCUUGCCUUCUCCAGACCUUCUUGAGUGGCAUUUUGUUGAAUGAGCGAAUGGAUGCGUGACUUGCAAAGUUCUGGUACAGUUCGUAGUGUGUCUUCAGUGUAAAUCUGUGUUCCCGUUUGCAUCUCCCCAGAGCAUCCUGCGGUAGCUGCGGCUCUCCCUGUUUGCAGUGGGCGACACCGAGAUUCUUCCGUGUUUUUAAAGGUCUGGUGAGACGACCCCCCCUGCAACCCAGGGGUCACAGUUCACAUGGUGGAUAAGUGCCUCCCGCGAUAAGACUGACUUCCUUUCAGAAUCCCGGCCUUAACAGCUCUGGCUCUUCGUGCUUCCUCUCCGGAGAGAAAGGGCUAGAACCAAGCCUCAAGCAGAUGGGACCCCUAAUGUGCAGACCUCUCCUUGCAAACCGUGCUUCUGCCCAGCCGCCGAGGCCCGGCAGCCCCCCGCUGGUAUGAGGGCACCGGAGCCGCGGUCCUCCGUCCCAGAGCCGCUCAGCCAGUGACCGGCGCGCCCUGCGAGCGCCGAGCCCCCUGCGGCCGCUCCUCGUGCUGUCCAUGUGGGCGCCCGCGAUGGAGGGGCUGCUGCACUACAUCAACCCGGCCCACGCCAUCUCCCUGCUGAGUGCCCUCAACGAGGAGCGCCUCAAGGGGCAGCUGUGCGACGUGCUCCUGAUCGUGGGCGACCAGAAGUUCCGAGCGCACAAAAACGUCCUGGCCGCCAGCAGCGAGUACUUCCAGACGUUAUUCACCAGCAAGGACAGCGAGUCCCAGACCGUCUUCCAGCUGGACUUCUGCGAGCCGGACGCUUUCGAUAACGUCCUGAACUACAUUUACUCCUCGUCCCUGUUCGUCGAGAAGAGCAGUCUGGCGGCCGUGCAGGAGCUCGGCUACAGCCUCGGGAUUUCCUUCCUGACCAACAUCGUCUCCAGAACCCCUCAGGCCCCCUUUCCGACGUGUCCCAACAGGAAGAAAGUAUUCCUCGAGGACGAUGAAAGCAGUUCUCAGAAGAGAAGCGUCAUCGUCUGCCAGAGUCGAAACGAAGCCCAGGGCAAAACUGGGAGUCAGAACCAGCCCGACCUAAGCCACACGGCCCGGCCCUCCCCGAGCACCACCAUCAAGACUGGCCCCGGUAAGCCCCACGUCCCCAAACCGGCCGAGCCGCUGCCCGGCUCGCCGCUGGCCGAGAAGGGCUGGCCGAGAGACGGCUCUGUGGGCUUCGCGAAGGCGGCGGAGCGCGCGGGGCCUCUGGAGGACCCCGGCAGAGGCGGGCUGGGGACGCGGAGCGCGCCGCUGUCUUCCAGGCCCCCGCAGGACAGGGAGGCCGCGGACGAUAAACUCCCCAAAGGCAAAGCCAUCGAGCUGGCUCUGAAGAGACCGCGGCCGCCGGUGUUGUCCCUCGGAAGCACGUCGGAGACCCCGUACGUGCUGAAGGAGGCGCACAAAGGAGGAGGUCCGGGCGAGGACAGGAACCUGCUCUACUACUCCCAGCUGGGGCUGGCGCUCCCGUCCGGCGGCGCAGGGCCCGGGAAGCCCGGCAUCGACAGGAGCGGCCCGCUCGUCAAGAGUCUGCUCAGACGCUCGUUGUCCAUGGACAGCCAGGUGCCCGUCUACUCGCCCGCCAUAGAGCUCAAGUCUUCCCAGGGGCCCUCUUCUGGGGCGGGCGAGGUGCCGGGGAGUGUGUUCUGUGCCCUGUCUCAGAAGUCGUCUCUGAAGGAGUGCGGGGAGAAGGCGGCCGUCGACGAGCGGAGCCCCGCGCCCCCGCCGCACCGCCUCAGGUCCUUCAGCGCCUCGCAGUCCACGGACAGGGAGGGCGAGCCGGCCGUGACCGAGGUCCGCAUCAAGACAGAGCCCCGCAGCCCGCUGUCCGACCCCUCUGACAUCAUCCGCGUCACCGUGGGAGACCCGGCCGCUGCCACCGCCAGGGACCUCUCCCUGAAAACCGAAGACGACCAGAAGGACAUGAGCAGGCUCCCGGCAAAAAGAAGGUUCCAGGCAGACCGGAGGCUGCCGCUGAAGAAGGUUAAAGAGGCCGAGCACGGGUCUCCGGUGUCCGAAGACAGCUUCGAGGAGGGCUCCAGCCCCCCCCUCGCCGAUGCAGAGUUUCCAGAUUCUGACUUGAACAAGGAUGAAUUCGGUGAGUUGGAGGGAACAAGACCCAACAAAAAAUUUAAGUGCAAACAUUGCCUUAAGAUCUUUAGAUCGACGGCGGGUCUUCACCGGCACGUUAACAUGUACCAUAACCCAGAGAAGCCCUACGCUUGCGACAUCUGUCACAAGCGGUUUCACACCAACUUCAAAGUGUGGACACACUGUCAGACCCAGCACGGCAUAGUGAAGAACCCGUCACCGGCCUCUAGUUCACAUGCCGUUUUGGAUGAGAAAUUCCAAAGGAAGCUGAUUGACAUAGUGCGAGAGAGAGAGAUUAAGAAGGCCCUGAUCAUUAAGCUGAGGCGCGGCAAGCCUGGCUUUCAGGGCCAGAGUAGCUCCCAGGCCCAGGCCAUCAAGAGGAACCUGCGGUCGCGAGCCAAAGGAGCGUACGUCUGUUCGUACUGCGGAAAAGCCUACCGCUUCCUCUCACAGUUCAAGCAGCACAUAAAAAUGCACCCGGGAGAGAAGCCCGUUGGCGUCGGUAGGGCCGCCAAGCCCAGAGAGCACGUCUCUCUUGAGAGGCCGGUAGAGAACAAGGAGGUUUACCAGUGCCGCCUCUGUAAUGCUAAGCUCUCUUCUCUUCUAGAGCAAGGAAACCACGAGCGCGUGUGCAGGAACGCCACCGUUUGCUCCUACUGCAGCCUUCGGUUUUUCUCGCCCGAGCUGAAGCAGGAGCACGAGGGCAGGUGUGAGUACAAGAAGCUGACGUGCCUCGAGUGCAUGCGCACCUUCAAGUCCUCCUUCAGCAUCUGGCGGCACCAGGUCGAGGUCCAUAACCAGAACACCAUGGCGCCGGCCGAGAACUUCUCCUUACCCGUCCUGGAGCACAACGGGGAUGCGACGUCCGCCGCCAGGCCCCCGGCGCAGCCCGAGCCCCACAGGGCCAACCACGCGGUCACUGCCAAAGACGACAACACCUUCAGCGACUGCUCGGAGCAGGUGAACUUCGACUCGGAGGACUCCUCCUGUCUGCCCGAAGACCUCAGCCUCUCCAAGCAGCUCAAGAUCCACGUCAAGGAGGAGCCCGCCGAGGAGGCCGAGGAGGAGGCCCCCGAGGCCCGCGCCGCCCCCAAGGACGCCGGCUCCAGCAAGGACGCCAGCCUGUGGCCCUGCGAGAAGUGCGGCAAGACGUUCACGGCGCACAAGCAGCUGGAGCGGCACCAGGAGCUGCUGUGCUCCGUGAAGCCCUUCAUCUGCCACGUGUGCAACAAAGCCUUCCGCACCAACUUCCGGCUCUGGAGCCACUUCCAGUCGCACAUGUCUCAGGCCACGGAGGACUCGGCGCAUAAGGACUCGGAGGCCUGCCCCGUGCCCACAAACUCUCCGUCCCCGCCCCCGCUGCCCCCGCCUCCGCCGCUGCCCAAGAUCCAGCCCCUGGAGCCCGACAGCCCCACGGGAGUGGCCGAAAACCCAGCGCCCGCUGCGGAGAAACUGUUUGUGCCCCAGGAGUCCGACACGCUCUUCUACCACGCGCCCCCCCUUUCUGCGAUCACCUUUAAGAGACAGUUCAUGUGUAAACUGUGCCACAGGACAUUCAAGACGGCUUUCAGCCUCUGGAGUCACGAACAAAGCCACAACUGAAAGGCCGGCCCUUCUCACCUGUCGCGGAAGGGGCGGUGGUCUCCAGAGCGCGACCUUAAUUGGAAAUGUGCAUCAGAAGCGAGAUAUUUUUCAAAAGAGAAUAAUAAAGCUUGGAAAUUGUUACGCUUGAAUAGAAGUUGGAGGUAAAUUGAUACUAAUUAGUGAUGAUGUCCUCACUCAGCCUAGGAAGACUAAAAUCUGUCGUGCGUCGGGCGUUUCCGUCACGGGAUGAUUGGACUUCAUUCCUGUUGAAACGUGACUGAUUUCACUUGUUUGCAUGGUUCCUCAUUCCACGGUGUCAGUAUAAUCUUCUCCCGGAGGUGGUCUUGGUUUUUUACCGAUUCACAGUCAGUGAAAUACGGUUCAAGUAUUUCUUUUGAUUCUGUCAGAUGCCUAAGUUCUAGUUCAAUCUCGGCCACGUUCCGAAGGCCACGGCGUGUCGGGAGCAAGUGAGUAUAGUUGGUGGCCUCCAGUUAGAUCUUAGGGUACUUUAGCAAUAAAACAAUGAUAAGCCUCAACUUUAUUAAUAAGUUAUCCUGACACUUGAUAACAAUAAAUAUUUGGUAUUUUGUGGUCCUGUAAAAAAUUUUUUUGUAUGAAAACAGUGAGAAAUUUAAAUCAGCAAUAGGCAUAUUUAGAUUUUUACAAAGUAACAAAAGCUUGCUCUUGGGUCAUUUACCAUAACUCCUGAUGGAAGAUUUGGGAAAUGAACACGUGAGGGUUUCUGGAAGGCUGCCAAGCCCGUUAACUAAAGCUUCUGUGGCGACAGGCGUGGUCAUCGCGACCACUGUGCCAUCAGCAUGGGCCUCUGGUCUCAGCUCUGACCGGCGCUGGAAGGGCUGGCAGGUUCGGUCUCCUCCGGUUCGUGCUGUCACCAGUGGGGACAUCUGAGUGCGUCGGGGACAGACAAGAAAGGUAGUAUGAGGCACGCACUCCUUUUGAGUUGAAUUGUGUUAGCGGAAUAGUGAAGGUUGGGACAUAGGCUUAGGUACCUCGGUCCCACGCCCCCAGUCCGGACAUCUGCUGUGAGUCCCGAGUCAGCACGGAAUCCCCGAGAUGGGCCCCGGGGGAAAACCCCGCGCAGGGUCUCCACGCGCUCUCCAGACCAGUGUUCGUAGUGGUCCAUUUCCUGUCUCCGUUUCUGUUAGGAUUUGUUGGAGUUCGCUGGGGUGAGAUGUUUAUAGUGCGGCCGUCCUGCUCCAAGUCACUGCUUUAGCGUUCCGUAAAUCUGUGUCAAAGCACUAUCGAGGGUCCAAAAUGAGUUUCGCUACCUAUUUCGGCCCAUAAGGUGUGGGCUGCCGUUUUUUUUCUAGUUUGUAUAAGUUGUAAUUAAAAGGCGCUUGUAGGCGUUCCCCAGAGCUCAGCGGGUAUUUCUAAAGGGAAGACUCUUUUACUGGUACAGGCGAGGGGUUAGGUAUGAACAAGGGGAGAUACUGUUGAGACCGCAAAAUCUUCCCAAGCCAGUACUAUAUGGAUGAAGGCUUCCAAGUUUAUUAAGUUCUUUUUUUUUGCAAGCUCUUCUCUCAAAAAAAUAAAUAAAAAAUAAAAAAAAAUUACUGUGACUAAGAAAUAAUUUGCUGAGUACUUCAGUGUGUACCGCUGUAGCAGAAAAGAGCUCCGUCCUGCUCUGUCUUGUCCCCCACAUCCCGCGCCAGCAGUAGGAAAGACUCUCUCAACUUCUGAUCGAGACGCAAGCAUUUUCAUAAAAUGCUGACUGGCUUUGCAGAUCAGAGAAAUCGCAUGUGAAAUUUUGCCUUUUCUUGUUUUCAUGUGAAAACUAUGACAAGUCACAAAAUAUCCGAGUGGCCCCUUCCUAAUUUUGUUCUUACCUAAAUUUGCUGGAGAAAGGAAAAAACGAAGCUGCAGUAACCACUUAUUGCCCUCUUCAUAUUUUCUUGAAGAAAUCUAUGCAUUUUAAAGAUGAAACUAAAGCAUGUGAUGUUUCGAGAAACAUCUAGGUGGCUUAUUGUUCAUUGACUUAAUUCCCUGCAUAAUGUGCUGUUUUCUUACUCUGAACACCUUGACAGCUGUCACUUCUUCGAAAAGACAGUCUCCCUCAGAGUAGUCCUUGCUUCUGGCCCUCAGACCGUGUGCGGUAAUUCCACGGCACACGUGAUCUGGGCAUUGUAAAUCCAGUAUCCCAGGACUUGAACCUUUAUGCUACGUUUUUGAAGAUUUUUUAAUAAUGUUAAUCAGUAAAAAAAAAAAAAAAUAUUUUUGAUCUAAAUACAGGCUCAGCUUAUCUGUUAGAUUUUGAAAAUUGCCAGUGUUUUGUCUCGUUCGUUUCACGUUUUUGUCUAGGCAAGGAGCGUUAAGAUUUCAAAUAAAAUUUUGAACCAAAAACAUUUAUAAUGCAGUUCUGGGUUUUCUAUUACUUUUUAUACUCUACCUUCAAAGCGUCAGGCUGAAAGAGUUUAUUUUGGUGGUCAAUAAAGAAAAUAGGCUUCCACUCAUGUAACUAUUUUAAAAGUUUGGAAGUAAAAUAAUGAAAGACACGCAUCGCUCCGUUUAAAAAUGUUGAUCUCACACAGCGGGCAGACCCUCGGUCUGUGAGACAGGUUGGUCUUUCAUUGUUAGGACUCCGGCUUGUAAAGGUAUUCUCGAAAACGUUUUUUUCUGAUUAGAAUUAAUUUUUGAAAAUGUAGAAAAUCUCAUUAUUCCUUGUAAGUAUUCAGGCUGCCUUUUUUUACGCAGUUGUGGAAAAGAAUGUAAGAUGUUUUAAUAUAUUCUUUGUUAAUCUGAGAACUUGCUAUUGAAUCAUUUUCUUCGUGUGGGAGAGGGAAGAGGAAAAACCUAAAACACCUUUUUAUCUAAGUCAGCAAUGGAGGUUACAAAUAGUGUGCAUUUUUUAUAGUAAUAUUUCAACUUUAACAGAAUAUUCACCUUUAAAACUAGUUAUGGCUAGUGUGCAUUUAUUGUUCUAUCAAAAUCUCUAAGAAUUCAACCAUGAUGUCACUUUUGCAUCUGGGGGGCAGGUGUGUGGUUCUCGGUUUUCCGUUCUGGAGCGGAUCCCUAACAGCCUUUUAAAAAACACGCUCCAGUUCCUGUCCAUCAGGAGUGGUCUUCCCCACGCUCGCACCGCUGGUGCUGACGAGGGGAGAAACUGGACGACCAGAAUAAAAUGUGCCCUUCUGUGGAGGCAGGGGGUGUCUUCCUCUGCAGGCCAGUGGCCCGUCCAGGGGAGGGAGACAGGAGAAUCCUCUUGUGUGUGUGUGUGUGUGUGUGUCUGUGUACAACCAGAAUCCAGAACCAUAGGAAUUAAAGGCAUUUGAAUUUUCUCACCACAAAAACAAUUAAAUGUCAUGCAUAGCAGGUUUCUUGAUAAAUUGCACUAAUUCAUAUUGGGAUAUUACAAGUCCAUUUUGUCGAUUUCUGAUUCCUCAUUGAUGUUUUUUGUAGUAAUUGUGAAAAGUUAUUUAAAUAAUGCUAGUACAUUUAAUAAGUUCUUUAACACUGGCUUUUUUUUUUUUUAAGUUUUAAAAAAAAAAUAGGGUUUUCUUUUGCGGCUUUAGCACUUUAAGAAGUUUUAUGUUCCCAUCAUGGUUAACGUGCUUGUUCAGCGCUUCUCUGCGUGUUCGCUUCCGCGUUGCGGGGGACACUGGCUGGUCGCGUGUACGUUCCGGAGGCGGGGGCGUGGGUCGGUGUCAGGGUUUUCAGGAAUUCCAGAGACCGUUGUUUGGGAACCAAAGCAUUUUACUGUAAAUCUUGAAAAUAAUUGAACUGAGUGCUCUCUAGUCAUUUAUUAGUGCUGUGGUCAAAUUUUCCACAAAGUUACACUUGGUUAAUGUUAAUUUUCAACUGGGGAUAAUUUCUUAUUGACAUUAAUCCAAUACCUUAAAACUUUUCAUUGAGUAACACUUACUAUUAAACAAAUGUGGUUAUAAACAGAUUGUGUAUAUUUUGUUGUCAGAUGCGUUAGCAGACUAAAUCAUUGUUUGGUUUUAUUUAGGAAUGAGCUUUGGGGAACUGAAAACUCCUGGUCCGAUAGGAUUUCUAUCUAACGUUAAACCAUUGCUUAUUUGUAUCCAAUUCUGUUGUCCGUUUCCUUUGCUUACAUCUUGACUACGAAUGAUUGGAGUCAAUAAAUUUGUACUGUACUUUGUUUGGA